UCUUGAUAGAUGGGUGGAGCUAUUCUACACUUGUGGAGCAGCUCCACCCAUCUCUAUUAAAGACCGCGGUUUGAAUUUGAGGGAGAAUAAUGGCUGAGUGCAUCAGGGACACACUGUUUCCACUACACAUGUUUUGCAGAGGGAUUGAUGGCAGCAGGGAAAAUGGUGAGGCAUGUCUUAUUCUCCUGAACUCAAACCUGUACGGAAUGGAGACAUGGCUCAAGAACUGCUGGAAUUUGUUUUCAGUGGUAGCCUGUGCUGAUGGUGGGUCUAAUACACUUUUUGACUGUGUGGAGCCAGACCGACACAAGUAUGUGCCCAAUGUGAUCUGUGGAGACCUUGAUUCAGCCAGACCAGAGGUGCUCUCCUACUAUAAGGAAAGGGGCUCCGAUGUUGUUCAUAUUACGGACCAAGACUCCACUGACUUUUCAAAGACAUUAAAUCAUCUCUUAUUGCUGAGGGAGCAAGGCAUGCUAAAGUUUUCAGCUGUGUACGUCAUAAACGCAUUGUGGGGACGUUUUGACCAAACCAUGGGCAACAUUGGAGUGUUGUUCAACACCUCUUGUCAUCUUUUGCCUCUGUACCUAAUGUCUGAAGACUCACUCCUAUUCCUCCUGAAACCAGGUAGCAGCUGCAUCACUGUCGAUUCUGGGCUGGAGGAGGGGCACUGUGGAUUGGUACCAGUGGGAGGGGCUUGUUCCUCCUGUACCACCACUGGGCUCACUUGGAACCUAGGUGGAGAGGGAAUGGAGAUGAAGGGACUUAUCUCUACUAGCAACAUUAUUGAUCCCUCCGCUAGCCAAGUUACUGUUGCUUGUAGUGAUCCACUUUUAUGGACAAUGUCACAUACUCUAUUACAAGUGAGUAGGAAUUAGAAUUUGUUUUUCCUAAUUGCUUGUCGAUACUUAUUUAUUGUAAUGAUAAUUUCCAUGGUGAUUUGUAUGGCAACUUUUUAAUUUCGUUUGUCUUGUAGCAGUGAACGUUCAACAGCUUUGUCACAUGACAAUGUAGUCCAUUCAUGAUUAUGAAAAGGUUC